CGUCUUUAAAAAAAAAAAAAUUGUUGGAUAAUUUUAGUUAUUCCUAUAAGUCAGAAACAAUUUGCUUUACUCUCAUUUAACCUUAAUUUAAGUGAUAAAUUUUGCCCAUGGACACUUGUAAAUGUGUGUGCGUGCGUGCAUGUGUGCGUGUGCAUGUGCGUGUGUGUGGGUGUCUUUCAAGAGCCAUUGACAUUUAUGGAUGUGGCCAUAGAAUUCUCUCUGGAGGCGUGGCAAUGCCUGGACAAUGCACAGCAGAAUUUGUAUAGAAAAGUGAUGUUAGAGAACUACAGAAACCUGGUCUUCUUGGGUAUUGCUGUCUCUAAGGCAGAUCUGAUCACCUGUCUGCAGCAAGGAAAAGAUCCCUGGAAUAUGAAAAGACACAGUAUGGUAGCCAAGCCCCCAGUUAUAUAUUCUCAUUUUGCCCAAGACCUUUGGCCAGUGCAGGGCAUAAAAAAUUCUUUCCAAGAAGUCAUAUUGAGAAGAUAUAGAAAAUGUGGACAUGAAGAUUUACAGUUAAGAACAGGAUGUAAAAGUGUGGAUGAGUGUAAUCUGUGCAAAGAAGGUUAUAAUGAACUAAACCAGUGUUUGACAACUACCCAGAGUGAAAUAUUUCAAUGUGAUCAAUAUAUGAACGUCUUUUACACAUUGUCAAAUUCAAAUAUACAUAAGAUCAGACAUACUGGAAAGAAAACUUUGAAAUGUAAAAAAUGUGACAAAUCAUUUUGCAUGCUUUUACAUCUAACUCAACAUAAAAGAACUCAUAUUAGGGAGAAUUCUUACCAAUGUGAAGAAUGUGGUAAAGUCUUUAACUGGUUCUCAACCCUUCCUAGACACAGAAGAAUUCACACUGGAGAGAAGCCCUACAAAUGUGAAGAAUGUGGCAAAUCAUUUAAGCAGUCUUCAACCCUUACUGCACAUAAGAGAAUCCAUACUGGAGAGAAACCUUACAGAUGUGAAGAAUGUGGCAAAGCCUUUAACCGGUCUUCAUACCUUGCUACACAUAAAAGAUUUCAUGCUGGCGAGAAACCCUACGGAUGUGAGGAAUGUGGCAAAGCUUUUUACCUAUUCUCACACCUUACAUCACAUAAGAAAUUUCACACUGGAGAGAAACCCUUCAAAUGUGAAGAAUGUGGCAAAGCAUUUAACCACUCCCCAAAACUUACUGUACAUAAGGUAAUUCAUACCGGAGAGAAACCCUACAAAUGUGAAGAAUGUGGUAAAGCCUUUAGUGUAUUCUCAAACCUAUCUAGACAUAAGAGAAUUCAUGGUGGAGAAAAUCCCUACAAAUGUGAAGAAUGUGGCAAAGAUUUUAAACAGUACUCAUACCUUAUUAUACAUAAGAGUAUUCAUACUGGAGAGAAACCCUACAAGUGUAAAGAAUGUGGAAAAGCCUUUAGGGUACAUUCAAUCCUUACUAGACAUAAGAGAAUUCAUGGUAGAGAAAAACCCUACAAAUGUGAAGAAUGUGGCAAGGCUUUUAACCGGUACUCACGCUUCACUAUACAUAAAAGAAUUCAUACUAGAAAGAAACCAUAAAAUGUGAAGAAUGGCGAAGCUGUUAAGCUAUACUCAACCACUAGUGCAUACAAGGUAAUUCAUGCUGGCGAGAAACCCUACAAAUGUGAAGAAUGUGGCAACCUUUUUAUUGAUUCUCAUACAUCACUAAACAUAAUUCAUACAGGAGAGAAAUCAUACAAGUGUAUAGAAUGUGGCAAAGCUUUUAACAAAUCCUCAUCCAUUACUGACCAAAUUUAUACUGGAAAGAAACCCUACAAAUGUGAGGAAUGUGGCAAAGCUUUUAAACAGGUCUCCCAACUUACUGCACAUAAGAAAAGUUAUACUGGAGAGAAGCGCGACAAAUGUGAAAAAUGUAACAAAGCUUUUAACCAGUCUUUAAUCCCUACUACUCCUAAGAUAAUUGAUGCUGGAGAGAAACCCUACAAAUGUGAAGAAUGUGGCAAAGCUUUCUUUUUUCCAGGAGAAAAAUCAAUGUUAUUGAAAACUACUCCCAAGAUCUUGCUGUUUAUAAUUUUUUUAAUGGAAGAGUAUCUUUAAAAAGUCACAUUCAGCAUCUUUCCUCAUUGUUCUGUGAAAGUACGUAUGUAUAUUUUGUGAAUAUUUCAUACUUUGUUGAAUCAAAAUUACCCGUUUAUUCCAAGAAUGAUAAUAUUUCCUUAGCUGCUUAUUUUUAUUCUUUUAAUUGAGCUUUCUUUAGAUGUUUACAUAAUAUCACAGUGACCCUGGCUAAUUUUUAGUAUGUCUUUACAGUAUUUUGUCUGACUUCCUUGGGUACAAAUAGUGAUAGAAGAGACAUAUAAAGGAAAAGCCUAAGAAGUAGAUUAUGAUGACGUGUAUGGCGACUAAUGCGUAACAACAAUUCAGUAAAGUUUCCCCCCUAUAGAAUAUAAAUGCGAAUAUCAUUAUCACAUUUUCUAAAAACUGAAAACUGUAGUGUAGAAUUCUAUGUAUGGCUCCACCUCUCUCUCCUGUCAAAUAUUUUCUCAUUUGGCAACUGCAGUUUCAC